AUGAAAGUAGAUACUGGUGUGCUGAAUCAAGUCAAAUACAUCAAUCAAUAUCAAUGUGUCGGUAGCAGCAGUACCACCGACAACCUGAAAACAGUCACAUGGGGUAAGUAUGAAAAUGAUAAUCCUGGUGGUGAUGGGCAAGAAAUUAUUGUCACUACUAAAACCUGGACUGGCCUGACUACUCGUAUUACAACAUUACCUUAUACCACAGGUACCGGAACCAUCACCAUUGAGGUUGAUGUUCCAGUACCAACAGUCACUACUUCUACCACGUGUCACUGCCCUCAUGCUACAAGUACAUUUACUGCCACUCCUGGUGAUACUGCAACCGUUAUUGAAUAUAUUCCUGAAGAAACAAGCACAGAACCAGAGGAAUCAUCCACAACAUCGGACGAAGAAGCUUCCAGUACAGAACCAGAGGAAUCAUCCACAACAUCCGACGAAGAAACUUCAAGCGCAGAACCAGAAGAAUCAUCCACAACAUCGGACGAAGAAGCUUCCAGUACAGAACCAGAAGAAUCAUCCACAACAUCCAAUGAAGAUGCUUCCAGUACAGAAGAUCAAGAAUCCUCCACAACAUCCAAUGAAGAAACAUCAAGUACAGAGCCAGAGGAAUCAUCCACAACAUCCGACGAAGAAACUUCCAGUACAGAACCAGAGGAAUCAUCAACAACAUCGGACGAAGAAGCUUCCAGUACAGAACCAGAGGAAUCAUCCACAACAUCCAAUGAAGAUGCUUCCAGUACAGAAGAUCAAGAAUCCUCCACAACAUCCAAUGAAGAAACAUCAAGUACAGAGCCAGAGGAAUCAUCCACAACAUCCGACGAAGAAACUUCCAGUACAGAACCAGAGGAAUCAUCCACAACAUCCAAUGAAGAUGCUUCCAGUACAGAAGAUCAAGAAUCCUCCACAACAUCCAAUGAAGAAACAUCAAGUACAGAGCCAGAGGAAUCAUCCACAACAUCCGACGAAGAAACUUCCAGUACAGAACCAGAGGAAUCAUCAACAACAUCGGACGAAGAAGCUUCCAGUACAGAACCAGAGGAAUCAUCCACAACAUCCAAUGAAGAUGCUUCCAGUACAGAAGAUCAAGAAUCCUCCACAACAUCCAAUGAAGAAACAUCAAGUACAGAGCCAGAGGAAUCAUCCACAACAUCCGACGAAGAAACUUCCAGUACAGAACCAGAGGAAUCAUCCACAACAUCCAAUGAAGAUGCUUCCAGUACAGAAGAUCAAGAAUCCUCCACAACAUCCAAUGAAGAAGCUUCCAGUACCGAACCAGAGGAAUCAUCCGCAACAUCCAAUGAAGAUGCAUCCAGUACAGAAGAAGAGGAAUCAACUACAACAUCCGAGGAAGAAGUGAGUACAUCCGAGACACCAUAUGAAACAUCAUCCAACAUAGAAAGUUUCACUUCUACACAUAUUGAAGAAGAAUCUACAUCAGAGAUUGAAGAACUAACAAGUUUGGAUCCCGAGGCAUCAUCAUUAUCUAUUUCCGACUAUAACAUAAGUACUGAAGAUCCAAGUACCAAAUUUGAGACAUCUUCUGACAUUGAGGAAUCAGCUAGUGCUACUGUGGAAGAGUCGUCUUCAGCAUUCUCUAAUUCACCAACAAUUGAAACUUCUUCAAAUUUGGAAGUGACUACCUCCGCUAUUGAGUCUUUGACUACAUCAUCGAAUGAAGAACCAUCCACGCCUGAAACAACCGAAGUAUCUGCAUUAUCAGAAUCAACUACUCAUCCAAUUGAAGAGUCAUCUACUCUUACUGGUCAUGAUGGAGAGUCAUCUACUACAACAUUGUCAACUAAUAUUAGUGAAUCAUCUGCUGCCCAAGAACCAUCAGCUCCAGCUCAUGAAGAAUCAUCAACGUUUGAAGCUUCAACCCUUUCCACCCGAUACAUUACCACCACAAUCAUCGAUGGUAGUACAACUACAUUGACAGUAUCAGAAGCAACAACUAAAACAGUAGAUGAUGAAGAAAAUUCAGGAAUUGCUUCAAGUGGUAGUGCAGGCACUUUCGACACAACUUCCAUCUCCGAAACAAANUACUGA